AUGACAUUGAAGGUCAUCAUCGUCGGUGCAGGCUUGGGUGGUCUGAGUGCAGCUAUCGCAUUCACAAGAGCGGGACAUGAUGUUAAGGUCUAUGAGAAAUCCGCUUUCCAUAACGAGGUCGGAGCAGCAAUUCAUCUGGCACCGAACGCAACUCGAAUUCUGAAGCCAUGGGGAUGCGAUCUGGAGGCUAUGCAACCUACGACAUGUAACCACCUGAGUUCUUGGGAUUAUAAAGGAAACUUCAUCGCCACACCAGCAAUCACCAAAGACCUACAGAAGAAGCUGUCAAUCGAAGAUCCGUGGCUUCUUGUUCAUCGUGUGGAUUUGCACAAUGCGUUGCGGAAGAAGGCUGAAGAAGGGUUCGCUGGCAAGAAGCCAGAAAUCCAUCUCUCUUGCGCCGUCGAAUCAGUGGACCCGUCAACUGGUACGGUGAUACUCGAAGAUGGUCGCGUGUUGCAGGCAGAUCUUAUCAUUGGUGCAGACGGUGUACAUUCACGGACGGUAAAAAGUAUCAUCGGGGAGGUUCAAAAGAGAAGUACGGGUCAGAAUUGCUUCCGUUUUCUUGUCCCUACCGACAAGCUACAAGCAAAUCCUAUCACCAAAAGCCUCAUGGAUCGUAUAGGCUUGCAGUCCCUUAAUGCGUUCAAUUCCGAGGAUCGACGUCUGAUCCUGUACCCAUGCCGCGCAGGCACGCUUAUCAACGCCGCCGUAUUCUACCCUGAUAACGCAGACGGCCAGACCAUUGAAUCUUCGUGGCAGAACUUCGGCAAUGUGGAUGACUUGCUGGCUGAGAUAGAGAGCUUUGCCCCUGAACUGCGAGAGCUUUGUAGCAUGGCCGAGGACGUGAAGCUGUGGAGCUUAGCAUCUCGAGAUCCAAGUCCAGUGUUUUUCAAGGGCAAACUUGCCAUCAUCGGAGAUGCGGCGCACCCUACCCUUCCACAUCAAGGCCAGGGGGGAGCGCAAGCAAUAGAGGACGCCGCGACUCUCGGGGCGCUCUUCACUGCAACCACCACAUUGGAUCAGAUCGGCAAGAGAUUGGAAGCAUACAAUAACAUUCGCUACGAAAAGGCUGUCACCAUCCUGUUCAUGUCUAGAGUAGGCGACGAGCACCGAGAGGUUGUCAUGGAGGACUUGAGACGCUUCGUUCCAGGUGCAAAGAUGCCUACAAACAUGUGGCUAUAUGCUUGGAACUCCUUUCCUGUUCAAGCGGCCCAAGAUUUUCUCCGACAACAGUGA